AUUUAUUUAUUUUUGUAUUCGAAUUGGGGGGAGAUCUGUGGAAAAUUCGUAAAAGAGCGAAGAGUUUCUUCAAAGAAUGGCAACCGUAGCAGCGCCACAGCACCACCAUCACCACCACCAUCCGGCGUCGCUAGAGGAAGUCCGUACGCUUUGGAUAGGAGACCUCCAGUUUUGGGUCGACGAGUCCUACCUUAACUCUUGCUUUGCUCAUACCGGCGAGCUAGUCUCGAUAAAAAUUAUACGCAACAAGAUCACUGGACUUCCUGAGGGUUAUGGAUUUGUGGAGUUUGUUUCUCAUGCAGCAGCGGAAAGGAUAUUGCAGACUUACAAUGGGACACCAAUGCCUGGAACUGAACAAAUGUUCAGGUUAAAUUGGGCUUCAUUUGGUGCAGGAGAAAGACAUAAUGAUCCUGGCCCCGAUCAUUCUAUUUUUGUAGGGGAUUUGGCGCCUGAUGUUACAGAUUAUCUAUUGCAAGAGACCUUUCGAGCUCAUUAUCCAUCUGUUAGAGGUGCCAAGGUUGUGACUGAUCCAAAUACUGGACGCUCAAAGGGAUAUGGGUUUGUUAAAUUUUCAGAUGAGACUGAGAGAAACCGUGCUAUGACCGAGAUGAAUGGUGUCUAUUGCUCAACUAGAGCUAUGCGCAUUAGUGCAGCAACACCAAAGAAGACCACUGGUUUUCAGCAGCAAUAUGCUGUGGCGAAAGCAGCUGUAUAUCCAGCUCUCGCAUACACAGCAACAACCAUGCCGGUGCUUCCACCAGAUAAUGACCAAACAAAUACCACUAUUUUUGUUGGCAACUUGGAUCUAAAUGUCACCGAAGAGGUAUUGAAGCAAUUUUUCUUGCCAUUAGGAGAAAUUGUGUGUGUCAAGAUUCCUGCCACCAAAGGAUGUGGUUAUGUACAGUUCGCGAACAGGAAUUCUGCUGAAGAAGCCAUACGGAGGAUGCAGGGGCAAAUGAUUGGUCAACAAGUUGUCCAAAUUACUUGGGGUAGGAUCCCAACAGCAAAUCAGGACCUACCUGGUAGCUGGGGCGCACAAAUAGAUCCUAAUCAGUGGAAUGCUUAUUACGGUUAUGGACAAGGCUAUGAUGCUUACUCUUACGGGGCUACCCAGGAUCCCUCUCUGUAUGCGUAUGGUGCAUAUGCCGGAUAUGCACAAUAUCCUCAACAGGUUGGAGGUUCUCAAGAAAUGGCAGCUAUGGCUGGUGCUGUAGAACAAAGGGAGGAACCAUAUGAUCCGUUGGCAACACCCGAUGUCGAUAAGUUAAAUGCUACCUACCUCUCUGUUCAUGGAAGUGCCAUAUUGGGCAGGCCCUUAUGGCAGAGAACUUCCUCUAUCACGCCACGAGCUUAACCAUCAACUUUCCCGCGGUUGUUGUUCUUGGGUUUAGUUGGUUGAAUCUUCCCACAAGAGGUAAAAGAGGAAAUGACAGAUUUUAAAAGCUUGAUGUUUUUCUUCUUACAUAUAUGAUACAAUUGUAGUGUGCCCUUAGGAAUGAAUAUUAUUGACACAUAAUUUUGAUUGUAGCUUUAUUUUAUAUUUUGUUUAGCAUUAUUGCAGUGUUGGUAGAUAUAAGCUAAUCUUUGCAUGGUUGCAUAUAAGUUAUUGUUGAUUGAA